AUGUCUGAGCAAAAAGUGAGUUAGCCGGCCCGGUGGCUGGACUGUCUUGUUUUCUGGUUGUUAACCUGUCUGUUUUAGAAGGAAGGCUCACCAAAAGAGCAAAAACCAAAAGAAAAGAAGGAAACAUCAGCUGAAGGGACACCGGCUGAGAAGAAAUCCGAGACCAAGCCUGAAAAGUCGGCGGACAAGAAGCCCUCAGAAUCCGAGCCACAACGUGAGAAAGUCGUCAAGAAGACCGGCGUGCGUGGUGUCGUCAAAUGGUUCAAUGUUGUCAACAGUAAGUGUUAUUCAUGCGUUUGUUUGUGUUUAGGCCCAAUUUUCAUUAAAUGUUGUUAAACACUGUAAAUAAUAUCUUAAAUAUUUGUUCUUUACUUAUAUAUGUACUACUUAAUUUUACGACUAUAUAAAAAGACUUAUUCUAAUUAGGUGUCAUUAAACGUGUUAUAUUAUAAUUUUCCAACCUUUUACUCGGUCUUUUCAGGAUACGGUUUCAUCUUCAGAAACGACAACAACGAAGACAUUUUUGUUCAUCAGACAGCCAUCGCCAAAUUCAACCCGAAGAAGGCGAUCGCUUCUCUGGGCGACGGUGAAGAAGUCUUGUUCGAUGUAGUUGAAGGUGAGCACGGUCCGGAAGCGGCCAAUGUCAGCGGCCCAAAUGGAGAGCCGGUCGAAGGUUCCAAACACGCUCCAGACAAACAAAGCCGACAUUUCGGUGGUCGAGGUUUCAUCAGACGCGUAGGCUACAGACCCAAGAGCGAAGGCGACCAAGGCGGAAACCCAGAAGGCGAAGAAGUAUGUUCAGGUUUAUAUUAUUAUACUAAAAAGCUAAAGGGCUGAAAUUAAGGACUAAUUGUGAUACAAGAACUAAUCAUUUUCUGUUUCAGCGCCGUGGCGGUGGAUUCAGAAGAGGACCUCCUCGACCUCGAGGCGGUUUCCGAGGUGGAUUCAGAGGACGCAGAAACUUUAGAUCUUCUCACUCUGCAUCUGGCGACGCCGAGCCCCUUGAAGGUGGUAAUGGUGGCGGAGACAACGGCGGACGUCCGCCCAGAAGAGGACGUGGAGGAUUCCGCGGCGGACGAGGUCGCGGAGGCCCACGCGGCGGAGGCAGAGGCCGCGGCCAACCACGCCCUGCCCCUCCCCCGGCCGACAACUAA